AUGGACUCUAACACUGUCGUUUCAUGGCCGAGGAUGUCGGAAAACAUCGACGGUUUCGGUCUCUCACCGAAGAAAUCAGAUGAGGUUCAUGUUUUAGCCGUUGAUGACAGCCUUGUUGAUCGCAAAGUCAUCGAACAUUUGCUCAAAGUCUUAGCUUGUAAAGUUACUGCUGUGGAUAGUGGGCUGAGAGCACUGCAAUUGCUUGGACUAUUGGACGACCAGAAAAUUCCCUCUGAAACUAAUGAUUUUGUUGGUUUAAAGGUGGAUCUAAUUAUCACCGACUACUGUAUGCCUGGCAUGACCGGUUAUGAAUUGCUCAAGAAAAUCAAGGAAUCGUCCACUUUCAAGGAAACUCCUGUGGUGAUUAUGUCCUCUGAAAACGUUUUGCCACGCAUAGACAGAUGUUUGGAGGAGGGUGCAGAGGAUUUCAUAGUGAAGCCAGUGAAGUUAUCUGACGUGAAGCGUUUGAAGGAUUACAUGACAACGAAGGAGGUUAGGGGUGAAAGCCAAGGUAGGGAAGGGAUCCACAAAAGGAAGCUAUUAGACACCUCUGAUGUGUCAUCAUCAUCAUCACCACCGUCCAUUUCCUCAUCAUCACUUCCAUCUGCACCCUCAGUCAUCGACUCUCCAACCAGACGGCUUAAAAUGGCCAGCACUGACUGA